CCACCCAUAAAUCUGUCUGAGCGGGUGCUUAUGUGCUUGUUCUGUUUGUGUUUGCGCAGUGAAGCGAGAAGGGGACAGAAAACAGAGCGGUGUUGCUAGGAUUUUUGUUUAGUUCGAUAUGUAGUUUAGUAGUAGUCAGCCAACCCAACAGCCAGUCUCGACUCGAUUAAACAGGGGUAAAUUCAACAUAGCGCCUCGAGUCAAAGCAAACUCAAAGCCGGAGCCUGCCGGGUUAUUUACGGGAUGAAAUAAAAGUAACCUCGCCACCAUCGGGAGGUGGGAGUGUUGGGGUCGCCGGCGGUGUAUCGCGAACUGGGUUGCGAGACUGGUCAGCCUGGUCCAACUUUGCCGAACGAACAAAGCCGCCAAAUUCACUGAUCAAUCAACAUGGUAAAGUCUUUCUUCCCGCUGAAGAAACUGAGACGGAGUGGGAAACAUCUGUUGUUCUUAGUUCUGCUGAUGCUGGGAGCUUUCGCUGUCUACCACGAGUUUGUUGCUACUAAGGCGUGGAGGAGCACCAAAAGCACUUUCAGUCUUGCCAGUGAGGAUGGCCUCGGGAGAAUUCCUACCCAAGAGAGAUUGUUUGGAGGUGAUGCGAGUGAGGAUUCAGAAGCCUGGCGUUCCAGCUACACCCCACAGCCCUGGAGGCCAGAGUAUAAGGGACAGGCUAAUCUCCAUACCUUUGAGGACUGGUGUGGCAGCUCUACAGCUCAGCUUCGCAUGAACCUGCAUUACCCUCUUUACCCACACUCCAGAACCACAGUAAAGAAGCUGGCUGUUUCUCCCAGGUGGAUGAACUACGGCCUCAGGAUAUUUGGCUAUCUCCACCCCUAUACCGACGGUGAGUUUGUGUUUGCGGUGAGCUCUGAUGAUAACUCUGAGUUCUGGCUGAGCCGGGAUAACUCUCCACUCAACCUGCAGCUACUGGCCUGGAUCGGCAAGACUGGCAUGGAGUGGACUGCUCCUGGUGAGUUUGGGAAGUAUGCCAGUCAGACAUCCAGACCGGUUAGGCUCUCAGUUCAAAGGAGGUACUUCUUUGAGAUUGUCCAUAAACAGAACGACAGAGGAACAGACCACAUAGAGGUGGCGUGGCAGCUGAACCAGGAGGGUCUAAGGUUUACAGUCAUCAGCUCCAAAUACAUAUCCCUCUACAGCAAUGAGUCUGCUCUGAGGAUGAGUGACAUCAUUCAUGUACCCCAAACGGCUGCUAGUCACACACGCUCGCCUAGCAACCAGCCCAACAACCAGCUGAGCAACCAGCCUGCAGCUGACAUGCUGAGAGUCGACCCACGCGACAUCCUGUACCAGAUCCCUGCCUUAGACAGUAGGUUCCUACAAGGCGUGUUACCUGACUGCUCCUAUAAACCCAGCUACAUCAUCAAAGGUUUCCCUCUGCUGCGAUACCAAGGCCUGCAAUUUGUCCACAUGUCCUACAUCUAUCCCAACGACUACACGCGGCUCACACACAUGGAGACAGACAACACCUGCUUCUACCACGACAGUCCCCUAUACCUGGACAGGUAUGGGUUUUCCAGGUACAUGAGGCUGGAUGAGCCAGAGGGGCAGGAGGGAGAGAGCCGAGGUAGAGUUGAUGGCAUCUUGAGGAGGAGAAAGGCGGUCCCAGAGGAGGAAUUAGAUGGCGAGGCUCCUCCAAAUGUGGGAGGGGCUAGUAAGAAAGACCCCGCCCCUCCUGACUAUGGAGACGACUAUGAUGAUUACGCUCAGAGACGACGACGCAAACUCUUCUCCCUGCCACAGGCCGACAGGGCACCUACACACACACACAUGUCUGACACUCUCACAUACAAGAAGAGGAGGAGGAGAGAAACAAAUACAGCAGCUGUAGUAGUGCAACAAGCUGUAGUCCAGACCAGAGCAACAGAACAGGAUGGGUUGGAGAUCCCCCCUGGUCCUGGGUCACAUACAUCACUACAGACUACACCAGCAGAACAGCUGAGACUAGCAGAAAGACCAGCAGACAGACCAGCAGAACAGCUCAGACCUGUGAAGUCCAGAGCAGGGGAACAGAAACCAAGAGGGAAGCCAGCCGACAGAGAAGAUAUGGGACCUGCAGACCAAAAACAACCCAGACCAAGAGAGAGACCAGCAGAACAGAACUCAGCCAGGUUAAAGAUUUUACCUGCACCACAAAAACUAGACCAGAACCUGCCAGUAGAGGGAGACGGACCAGAAGUUCGGCUUCCCCAGCUGCAAGGGAGGCACCGGCGUGUUCAACAGCCUGGUCCGAGGGGUUGGGGUAACGCAACACCCAAUCCCCUGAAGCACCUCCCACCUCCCACUGUCUCUAAUUGGUCCAUCAGGGUCGGUCGAGGGCGGAGACUUGUUAACCGUACACUAGAGCUGUGGUCAGCGGUUACCAAACAGUCGACCACGCGACUGCCCGAGGUUAAACCACCGCUAAUUAAGUUGGACCACAAAGCAACUGUGACCAGGAAGAGAGUCCAGGUCCUAGAGACAGAUAUCAUCCUCCGAGCACAACCACAGAUAAAGUCACGACCGCAACCUGACUAUGACAACACACUCCACGGGGAUCUGCCCCUGGUAGGGGAGGUGGCGAGAGAGAGGGGGGAGGAGGUGGGUGUGAGCGAGUCUUUAUGGGGUCUUGAGGGAGACUCUGAAGAGGUGGAGGGCUUGUCUUAUGACUCCACCCCUCGACCAGUGUUUGACCCUGAGGUGAACUGGGCUCAGACAUUCCAGGUGACCCCUUUAGACCUCCAAGCGAUGCGCUCUGAUUGGAUAGACCUCCGCUGUAACGUGUCUGGUAACCUGCUGCUCCGCUCUAGAGACGCUCUGCCUGUCGUCAAGGCCUUCAUGGACAAACUCAACCACAGACACCAUGGGCGUUUUACCCUGGUGCGUGUGCUGAACGUUGAGAGGAGAGUGGAUGGAGCUCAGGGCAGCAGGUAUUUCCUGGAGCUGGAGCUGAGGGAUGUGAAUGGCCAACACCUUCGCCUGUCACACUACAUCUAUGCUCUGAUUCGCCACAGACUAUCUCGCCCCCGGGGACUCCCGCCGCUUCGCCCUGCCCCUGAGAUGUUGCUAUGCAACCCUGUCGGUUUUCACUGGAACCCGACUGCCACUGUCCACUUCAUAGUACCAGUAAAGAACCAGGCCCGCUGGGUGCAGCAGCUGAUAGUUGACAUGGAGGGUCUGUACAAGACCACUGGAGACCCCAACUUCAACCUCAUCAUCACCGACUACAACAGCACUGACAUGGACAUCGAGACAACACUAAAGGCAUCCACCCUGCACAGGUACCAAUACCUGAAGCUGAGUGGGAACUUUGAGCGUUCUGCUGGUCUACAGGCCGGUAUCGACCUCAUCACUAAUGAGCACAGUAUAGUGUUUCUGUGUGACCUCCACAUCCACUUCCCCCCCUCCAUCAUCGACUCAGUCAGGAAACACUGUGUGGAGGGACACAUGGCCUUCGCUCCUAUCGUCAUGAGACUGGACUGUGGGGCUACGCCCAGCGAGCCCAGAGGUUACUGGGAGGUGAAUGGGUUUGGUCUACUGGGGAUCUAUAAGUCUGACUUGGAUGCUGCCGGAGGCAUGAACACACAUGACUUCACUGACCGCUGGGGAGGAGAGGACUGGGAGCUGCUGGACAGGAUUCUGCAGUCAGGUCUGGAGGUGGAGCGUAUCUACAUGAGGAACUUCCUGCAUCACUACCACUCUAAGCGUGGCAUGUGGAACAGACGCACCCAACGCAGCGGCACGUAACCCACAACAACACAGCCAAAACGUACAGCGAUGCAGCCGUAAGCCACGACGACGCAUCCGUGGGUGCAAGGAAACUGCCACACUUUAACGUCCCCAUUCCUCGCAUCAGCCAUUUACAGCUGUCGACCGGUUAACGAGAGGGCAGGACAGAGGAGAUUCCUGACACCAUUGGGUGAUAUCCCCUGUCACUCAAAAGGUUUGAGGGUGUGGUGAUGAUGGAACACAACAUAGUACUGAUUGUCCUGGAAAAAGACACUACUGAAAACUAGAGCAGAGGUACUAAAAUCUGAACAUGUAGGUCCGCAGUACUGCUGGUUGGCCAGAGAGUCACUCACCUAGUGUCCCAAGUCUGAAUCACAGGUUGACGUUUAUUGUCAUGAUUCUUGCCCUGGAGGCAGAACUGAGCUGUUUCUGCAAGAUGGGCCAGCUGCCUAGUCAAAAUUGUCUGUAUCUUAAAAACUCAUGAUUUUUGGUCUUAAUUUAAGAUUUGGGUUUGCAGUGUGGUUAAGGUUGGGGUUUAAAAACAGAUUUUAUGACCACUGCUGAGCUGCCUCCAGG